AUGCUGAGAGAGAGCUGCAGGGACCCCCAGAAAAAGCCACAGGUGACCCAAGACUCAGGACCCAGGAGCAUGAGGCUUACGGGACAAGGCACAGCUGGCCAGCCUCGAGCGACCCUGCUGCCUACCGCCAAUGGCAGUGGGCUGAGCCAGGAGUUUGAAGGCCAUUGGCCAGAGAUCCCAGGGAGGUCCCCAUGUGUGGCCGGUGUCAUCCCUGUCAUCUACUACAGCGUCCUGCUGGGCCUGGGGCUGCCUGUUAAUCUCCUGACCACAGCGGCCCUGGCCCGCCUUGCCGCCAGGACCAGGAAGCCCUCCUACUGCUACCUUCUGGCGCUCACAGCCUCGGAUAUCGUCACCCAGGUGGUCAUCGUGUUCGUGGGCUUCCUCCUGCAGGGCGCCGUGCUAGCCCGGGAGGUGCCCCGGGCCGUGGUGCGCACAGCGAACAUCCUGGAGUUUGCGGCCAACCACGCCUCAGUCUGGAUCGCUGUCCUGCUCACGGUCGACCGGUACAGUGCCCUGUGCCACCCCCUGCGCCAUCGGGCCACCUCAUCCCCUGGCCGGACUCGCCGGGCCAUUGCCGCUGUCCUUGGUGCUGCCCUGCUGACCGGCAUCCCCUUCUACUGGUGGCUGGAUGUGUGGAGGGACGCGGACCCUCCCAGCACAAUGGACAAGGUCCUCAAGUGGGCUCACUGCCUCAUCGUCUAUUUCAUCCCUUGUGGCGUUUUCCUGGUCGCCAACUCGGCCAUCAUCUGCCGGCUCCGGAGGAGGAGCCAGAGAGGGCUGCCGCCCCGGGUGGGCAAGAGCACAGCCAUCCUCCUGGGCGUCACCACGCUCUUCGCACUCCUUUGGGCACCCAGGAUCUUUGUCAUGCUCUACCACCUGUACGUGGCCCCCGUCUCCCGGGACUGGAGGGUCCACCUGGCCUUGGAUGUGGCCAACAUGGCGGCCAUGCUCAACACAGCGGUUAAUUUUGGCCUCUACUGCUUUGUCAGCAAGACUUUCCGGGCCACUGUCCGAGAGGUCAUCCAUGACACCCACUUGCCCUGUGGCCUGGGGUCACGAUCUGUGGGUAUGGUGGCAGAACCUGUGCUAAAGGCUCCAGGACUCCCCAGAGGGGCAGAAUUGUAG